CGGCCGCACACACGCAUCCCGCCUCCGAGAGAGAGCGAAUUUUCUCUCGAGGUCGGGGGCUCAUAUGUGCAUGGGUGUCGUCUACCUCUCCCCAAGAAUCAUAUCGCAAUCCACGACGACCGUGACUCGUCGCCGGUGAUGUUUACGCCAGAGGAAAUCUAGAGCAACCAGACGCCCGCCCGCCCGCCCGCCUCGCAGUCGAUCGUGUCACCUCACCCUCGAGAGAUACUCUCUCUCUCUCUCCAUCUAUCCAACAACAAGAGCCCCCCUUUAAGACCAAGGAGGAGGGAGUUCCCCCAAACACUUCAGUUACCGUCCGUCAUUCAUGGAGUCGUCGUCCGCCGCAGCUGUCGAGACGGCCGUCACGGUGCCGUCGCCGUCGACAUUCGACGUGUCCAGGCGGCCCGACACGGCCGGCCUCGUGCUCAACAGCCCCAGGCCGCCGAGCCUGCGCGAGGAGCUCGUCGGCGUGGUCGGCAAGGCGUUCCGCCCGCACGGGAGCGGCCACGGUGGUGACCGCCGGCCGCCGCGGUGGGCGUGGGCCCUGGCCGCGCUGCAGGCCGUGUUCCCGGUGCUGCAGUGGGGGAGGACCUACACGCUCAAGUCCUUCCGGAGCGACGUCAUGGCCGGCCUCACGCUCGCCAGCCUCGGCAUCCCGCAGAGCAUUGGAUACGCCAAUCUAGCGAAGCUGGACCCCCAGUAUGGCCUUUACACGAGCGUGGUGCCGCCGCUGAUCUACGCGGUGAUGGGGACGUCGAGGGAGAUCGCCAUCGGGCCCGUCGCGGUGGUGUCGCUGCUGCUGUCGUCCAUGGUGCAGAAGGUGGUCGACCCGGCCGUGGACCCCGUCACCUACCGCACGCUCGUCUUCACCGUCACCUUCCUCGCCGGCGUCUUCCAGGUCUCCUUCGGCCUCUUCAGGCUGGGGUUCCUGGUGGACUUCCUGUCGCACGCGGCGAUCGUGGGGUUCAUGGGCGGCGCCGCCAUCGUCAUCGGGCUGCAGCAGCUCAAGGGCCUCCUCGGCCUCUCCCGCUUCACCAACAGCACCGACGUCGUCGCCGUCGCCAAGGCCGUCUUCUCCGCGCUCCACGACCCCUGGCACCCGGGCAACUUCUUCAUCGGCUGCUCCUUCCUCAUAUUCAUCCUCGCCACGCGAUUCAUCGGGAGGAAGUACAAGAAGCUCUUCUGGCUGUCGGCGAUCUCGCCGCUGCUCUCGGUCAUCCUGUCCACGGCCGCCGUCUACGCCACCAAGGCCGACAAGCACGGCGUCAAGAUCAUCCGCGAGGUGCACGCCGGCCUCAACCCGAGCUCCGUCAAGCUCAUCCAGCUCAACGGCCCCUACACCACCGAGUGCGCCAAGAUCGCCAUCAUCUGCGCCGUCAUCGCGCUCACGGAAGCCAUUGCCGUCGGAAGAUCUUUCGCCACGAUCAGAGGGUACAAGCUCGACGGGAACAAGGAGAUGAUCGCCAUGGGGUUCUCCAACGUCGCCGGAUCUCUAUCCUCGUGCUACGUCGCAACAGGCUCCUUCUCCCGGACCGCCGUCAACUUCAGCGCCGGCGCCAGGUCGACGGUGUCCAACAUCGUCAUGGCCGCCACGGUGUUCAUCGCCCUGGAGUUCUUCAUGAAGCUCCUCUACUACACGCCCAUGGCGGUGCUGGCCUCCAUCAUCCUCUCGGCGCUCCCCGGGCUGAUCGACAUCAGAGAGGCGUGCAACAUAUGGAGGGUCGACAAGAUGGACUUCCUCACAUGCCUCGGCGCGUUCCUCGGCGUGCUCUUCGGGUCCGUGGAGAUCGGCCUCGGAGUCGCGCUUGCCAUAUCGUUUGCGAAGAUCAUCAUCCAGUCACUCCGGCCUCAGGUGGAGGUUCUGGGCAGGCUGCAAGGAACAAACACCUUCUGCAGCGUCAGGCAGUACCCCGUGGCGUGCCGGACACCGGCCGUGCAGGUCAUACGCAUCGAUACGUCCUUCCUCUGCUUCAUCAAUGCGACUUUCAUCAAAGAGAGGAUCAUGGAAUGGGUAAGGGCAGAAGUGGACACAUCCAAUGAGAAGGUCAGGGAGAGGGUGCACUCAGUUGUCCUUGACAUGUCAAAUGUGGUGAACAUUGACACUUCUGGACUUGUGGGACUGGAGGAAACUCACAAGGAGCUAGAGUCUCUGGGCAUACAGAUGGCUAUUGCCAGUCCAGGAUGGCAGGCAAUUCAGAAGAUGAAGCUGGCACACGUUGUUGACAGGAUAGGAGAAGACUGGAUUUUCCUGACAGUAGGUGAAGCAGUGGAAGGGUGUCUAACUGCACACAAGGGCAGUGCUAUGGAGUGUUGAGUGUAUGCUAGUAGAAAUAACACCAUUUGCUGUGGAUUUGUAUCAAGUGAACAUGGUUUACACAGCUCCGCAAAUGCUUACAAACAGUAACAAACGCAACAAUGACAGUAUGUAUGUUUCCGUAGAAACCAAAGGCAUUUAACUGAAGUGGUAUACAGUCGUCUUUUUGUGACUAUAUAUACUCACUUAAAAUCUAUAUCUGUUUCUAUUUCUA